AUGUUUCGAGUAAGCCAUAAUACAACACGAUACAAUUUACAUCGCUAUUCAUAUUGUCAUGAAUAUCCAUAUGCAAUUAAAAUGAAACAUUUAAAAACAUCAAAUCAUACAUCAUUUGAUAAUGAUGAUUAUUUAUCAUUACAUAGUACAGGAACAAUAUAUUCACAACAUAAUAAUUCUACAACUAGUUUAAAUAAUAUAUCAAUAAAUUCUCAUGAUUUUGAAUUACGUAAACGUGAUAUUGAUAAUCAAAAUAAAAAAUAUCGAUUUUUUCAUAAACGUAAAACAAAAGAUCAUCAUACAAAAUCAUUAAUAUUACAACAACAAUAUAAUGAUGAUUAUUAUUCAUCAUCAUCAACAACAACAACAACAAAUCCUUUAAAAAUAAAAUCUUCAAAUCAAUUUUUUGGACAAACAUUUGAUGAACUUUUUAAAAAAUAUAAUAAUCAAUUACCACCUAUUAUUCAAAAAUUACUUGAAAUACUUUAUUUCAAAGGACCAGAAACAACAGGAAUUUUUCGUAAAGUUGCAAAUACACGAUCAGUUAAAGAUUCUAUUGAUAAAAUUGAACGAAAUAUUUUAUUACAAGAUGAAGAUUUACAUCCAAUAUUAGCUGCUGGAAUAUUUAAACAUUUUUUACGAACAUUACCUGAACCAGUAUUUAAUACAAUACAAUAUGAUAAUUGGAAAAAAUGUCUUCGUCUUCCGAUUAUACAAGAAAAAAUAUCAUUUGCACGAAAAAGUAUCAUAAGUACACUUUCAGAUUCGAAUUAUGUAUUACUAAAAGGUUUUAUAUGUAUACUUCAUCAUAUAUCACAAAAUGCUGAUACAAAUGGAAUGAAUCCAUUUAAUUUAGGUUUAUGUGUGUCGAAUAGUUUAUUUAAAACAGAAUCAACAACAAUAGCAUCAGGUAAACAAGAAGCUGAUGUUAUGUCAUCAAUAGUUGAAUUUUUAAUUGUUAAUUGUACAUCAUUAUUUGGUUCCGAUAUUUUAACAUGUAUUCCUGAUAAACAUAUUAUUGUACAUCAUAUACCUAAUCUAACUCGACCAACUGCAUCAUCAAUUGAAAGUCUUGAUGAAGUUGAAUCAUCACCACAUUUACAUAUUUUUAAUCGAUCUCGUGAUUCAGGUUUAGCAACAUCAGAUCAACCAUUAAAUGAUGAUAGUUCUGAAAUAAGUGAAUAUUUUCGACGUAAUACAUCCAUACCACCUAAUUGGACAACAUCAAUAUCAUGUGGUAUUGGUACUGUUUUAUCAAGUAUUAUUCUUCCAACAACAAUAUUAACAUUAAAUCGUUAUCGAAAUUCAAAAAAUCUUUAUAAACCAUCAAAACAAUUUAUGGAAAGAAAAAAAUUAACAAAUGAUACAACAGAUGAAUCUGAUCAUGAUGAAUUUAAUGGUACAAUUGGUGAUUCAAGUGUACGUUCGUCAACAACAACAGUUAAUAAUAUUUCAAUAGGAAAAAUAAAACGAUCAAAACCUAUAUCACGUCAUUCAUCAUUAGGUAAUAAUGAAUAUUAUCAAAAAUCUCAACAACACCACCAACAACAUCAACAACAACAACAAUUAACAAAAGAAUCAAAACGUUUAUUAACAAAUGAUGUUAAACGUGCAUCAUCACUUAAACAAUUUCAUCAUUUAUCUGAUGAAGCUGAUGAUGAUGAUGAACAAAAUAAAACUUUAAAUUUUAAUAAUAAUAAUAAUAAUAAUAUUAAUAUAAAAAAGAAAACAUCAAUAAUGACAAAGAAAAAUGAACAAAUAUUAUCUUCGACAUCAUUAAUAAAUAGUAAAAAUUUAACAAAUGAACGACGAUCAAAAUUAAUUAAAUCAAAAGCUAUAAAUAGUGAUGAAGAAUCUAUAACGACAAGAUCAACACAAUUUGAGCAACAAGAUUUAGAUUUAACAAGUGAACCAUUAAGUACAAUUAAUCAACGUCUUACUAAUGUUUCAACAAUACGUUCAGCAUCAUUUAAUGUGCCGACAACAACAACAACAACAACAACAACUACUACUAAAACAUUUGAUUCAUCUUUAUUAAAUACACAAACAUCUUUAUCUAUUGAUUAUCAUAGUCGAAAAAAACCUAUUAUAAUUGAUGGUGGUCGUUCUCGACAUAAUGGUCCAUUAACAGCAACAACAAAUCAAAUCUAUACAUCCACUCAUAAUGAACAUCACAGUCAAACAAAUUCAAACACACAAAUUCAAAGUGAACGUGACCGAACAUUUAUUCAUCAUUCAAAUUGUCGUCCAUUUAAACUUGGUACAGCUGUACAAAUGAAACCAAUUGAUGAUUUAUUAUUAACAUCAUCAAAUGGACGACGUCGUCCAUGUCAUAGACAAAAUGCACUUCGUUAUAAAUCAAUUGAUCAAGAACAUAAUGAAAAACAAUUAAUACAUAAAUCAACACCAAUUAUAAUUAAUCAAAAUCGUUUAUAUUCAAAUGAAAAUUCUUCAACACAUAUAUCACGUUAUCAAUCAAUUGAACGACGUACACCAAUAACACAAUCAACUAAAUCAUUCUCAUUUGAUAUUAAUGAUGAACUUCGACCAUGUGAUAUAUCAUGGUCAGUACGUGAAAAAGCUAAAUUAUUUGAACAUAAUAAAUUAUCAACAGGUCGUGAAAAUUAUGUGUGA